UCUUUUCAACGUGGCCAUCCAAGUUUGUCGGAGCCUUUGGAUGUUCUAUCGUGAUCCGUGUUAGUGAGUGUUUCUAGCAUGUCCACUGAGGCCACCCGUGAAUCUUUGUCGAAGAUGUCCGUUGCCGAGAAGGAGCCGCAAGUAUGAUGCUGCCGCCGCGGCACUCACUGAUCUCCCAUUGUCGUUUUGCAGUCAGGAUGGGGCCGCUUACUGGCAGCGGCUUUCGUUUUUGGCCCGGCUGGUCUCUCACCGCCCCAAUGACGAAAUUGAGCUGUAGCACGGGGACCGCCCAUGAGAACAAUGUCAAAAUCCAGCGGUUCCUAGAACGGCAAAAAAAGAAGAAAGAGAAGAAGGCUGGAACGAAUUCGAAUGUUGGGGAAAUGAACCCUCCGCCCGCUUUUAUCGCGGCUCGUUUGGAGCUGUGGGACAAAUUGAAGAAAGAGCGCGAUGAAUGGUUGGCCAGCCAGCCCAAUGAGCCCAUCAAGGUCACUUUGCCCGAUGGCAAAGUCUUGGAGGGACUCUCUUGGAAGAGCACGCCCUACGACAUAGCAGCCCUAAUCAGUAAAGGCUUGGCUGACAGUUCCGUCAUUUCCAAGGUCAAUGGCGAGCUUUGGGACCUGGACCGUCCUUUGGAAGGUGACUGCCAGCUCCAAUUGCUCAAGUUUGAUGAUGAGGAAGGCCAAGCCGUGUUCUGGCACUCCUCAGCCCAUAUUUUGGGUGAGGCCAUGGAGCGGGUUUAUGGCGGACAUUUGUGCUACGGUCCUCCCAUCGAAUCCGGAUUCUACUACGAUAUGCACUCGGAAGAGCACACGGUAACCGAUUCGGACUUCAAAGUCAUGGACGAUCUGGUGAAGAAGAUCGUGAAAGAGAAGCAACCUUUCGAGCGAUUGGAGAUGAAGAAAGAGGAUCUGCUCAAGAUGUUCGCCUACAACGAGUUCAAAGUUCGAAUCUUAAACGAGAAGGUCAAAACCCCGACCACGACUGUCUACAGAUGUGGUCCCUUGAUCGAUUUGUGUCGCGGACCCCAUGUUCGUCACACCGGAAAGAUCAAAUCCAUGGCCGUGACCAAGAACUCCUCCGCCUAUUGGGAAGGUAAUGCUGAGGCAGAAUCCCUUCAGAGAGUGUAUGGCAUCAGCUUUCCGGAUCCCAAGCAAAUGAAGGAAUGGAAAGCCUUUCAAGAAGAGGCUGCCAAGCGGGACCAUCGCAAACUCGGUCGGGAACAAGAUCUGUUCUUCUUCCACGAGUUGAGUCCCGGAUCGUGUUUCUUCUUGCCCAAUGGAGCUCAUAUCUACAAUAAGCUUAUGAAAUUCAUCCGCGAAGAGUAUUGGAAACGCGGUUUCCAAGAGGUGAUCUCGCCCAAUAUCUAUAAUUCCAAAUUGUGGCAGACUUCCGGCCAUUGGGAGCACUACGCGGAUGACAUGUUCCGCUUUGAUGUGGAAAAGGAGAAGUUCGGGCUCAAACCCAUGAACUGCCCGGGUCAUUGCCUCAUCUUUGACCACGGAAUCCGCUCGUGGAAGGAGCUUCCCCUGCGCAUGGCCGAUUUCGGCGUGCUACAUCGGAACGAACUAAGUGGUGCCCUAACCGGAUUGACACGGGUGCGGCGCUUCCAACAAGACGACGCCCACAUCUUUUGUCGUCCCGAUCAGAUCAAGGAGGAGAUCCAAGGCGCCCUCAAUUUCCUCAACCACGUGUACUCCACCUUUGGCUACACGUUCAAUCUCCGUUUGUCUACUCGUCCCGAGAAAUUCCUGGGAGAAGUGGCCGUUUGGGAUGCGGCUGAAAAAGCCCUGUCCGAGUCUUUGGACGAGGCUGGAGUUGCAUGGAAGCUAAAUCCAGGGGAUGGAGCCUUUUACGGACCCAAGAUCGAUAUCACACUCACGGAUGCGUUGAAGAGACAACACCAAUGUGCGACCAUUCAAUUGGACUUCCAACUCCCGAUCCGAUUCAAUUUGAGCUAUAUCGACGAUAAGGGAGAGAAACAGAAGCCAGUCAUUAUUCAUAGAGCCAUCUUGGGUUCGGUGGAGCGACAAAUGGCGGUUCUGACUGAGAACUUUGGUGGUAAAUGGCCUUUUUGGUUGUCCCCUCGACAAGUGAUGAUUGUGCCCGUGGGACCGCCGUUCAAUGAGUACGCCACGGAAGUCAAGGAUCGAUUGAGGGCGUCUGGAUUUUGUGCCGACACGGAUGUAGACGAUAGUAAUACCAUGAACAAGAAGGUCCGGAAUGCCCAGAUCGCUCAAUACAACUUUAUCUUUGUUUUGGGUGAGAAGGAAAGGUCGAAUCAGACGGUGAAUGUGAGGACCCGCGAUAACAAAGUUCAUGGCGAGUUCACUAUUCUUGACGUGAUCACCAAAUUCCGAGAGCUGUCGGAAUCCCGCGUUUUGAACUCUGAAGAAUGGGGUGAAUCCAAGUAGGAAAAGGGAACACAUUGGGACGUGUGAGGCUUUAACAACCAACCACCAAUUGGAUCACAAAUGCUGUCCAGACUUUCUUUUCUAUAUGGGUGAAAUAAACAGUUUUAAGUGA